AUUAGGAUACCCUGUCAUUUAUUUGUCACUUUGCGAAUGUUGCGUAUAAAUUCGCGUGUUUUACCGAAAAUUUGUCAAACAUUGUCUGAUAUUCAACCAGUCUAGAAACAAAGCACGGAAAAGAGAAAUAUAAGCUUUGAAAAAUGUUCCGCUCAACCGUUUUAUUGUGUUCGUUGUACUUUUUAGCUUUGACGCCGUAUUUAGCUCGGGCAGCAACAGAAGAACAGAAGGCAAAGAUUAAAGAGGAACUCGAAAAAUUGGGCGCAGAAUGUAUGGCCGACUUCCCUAUUACUGAAGACGACAUCAAUGACUUUAAAAGCAAGAAGAUUCCCGCUGGGGACGGGGUGCCGUGCUUUGUGGCUUGUAUGAUGAAGAAAAUGGGAGUGGCGAUCAACAACGAGCAGAUAGCUGAGAUCCAAGCCAAGUUCAUUGAGGUCGGCGAGACAUGCGUCAAAGACCACCCUCUAUCCGAGGAGGACAUUCAGAACUUCAAGCAGAGGAAAUUCCCUGCUGGGGAAAAUGCGCCUUGUUUCACUGCUUUGAACGACCUAACCGAUGACGAGAAGGCCUGCGAACGCGCUAAAGCGCUGUUCAGCUGCUUCACUGACAACUUAUCCAAGUUUGACUUUUAAGGGAGGAAAUGAAUGCAGAUUUUGAAAAUGAAAUGUAGCAAACGACGACGAACUUAGAUUUUAAAAUAGCAUCAUUGAAUUGUGGACAUAAGUAUUAUAUUAGAUUUAGUUGCAUUGAUAAUAAAUAUUAGUUAAACUGCA